AUGUUCGCUUCGACGUCACAAAGAAAUGAUGAUGGUUUGCGGGCGUCUUACAAUAUCUCGUUACUUAUAGCAAAAUCCGGAAAACCGCAUACUAUCGGAGAGAAGUUAAUUUUGCCAGCCGUUGAAGAGGUUUUAAAAACUGUUUUACACAAACCUGCAUCUGAUAUCAGUAAAAGAAUUCCCUUAAGCAACAAUACUGUUGAAAGACGUACUGAUGAAAUGAGUUCUGAUAUUGAAAGCUUCUUAUGUAGUUAUUUGCAAACGACCCAUUUCUCUAUACAACUGGACGAGUCAACUUUACCUGAUGAUGCAGCAUUAUUAUUGGCAUACGUUCGUUUUAUUAUGAAUCAAGAAAUCUGCGAAGAACUGCUCUUCGCAAGAACUUUGAUAACCGACACUAAAGGUGAAUCAAUAUUUCAUGUUUUGAAGGAUUACUUCAUUGAAAAAGCAAUUCCUUUAUCAAAUAUAAUAUCAGUAGCUACAGAUGGAGCACCUGCCAUGGUUGGACAUCCAUCGACAACAUUUAGUUGCUAA